UUCUUUCCUUUUAUUUACUCUCUUUAUCUCUCCCUCUCUUUUGAAUUCUUAUAUUCUUAAUAUCAUAUAUUUUCACAACCUAUCCCUUUAAAAAAAGAAAUCUCAAUUCAGUAAUUGUAAUUGGCGCCUACACAUUUAUAUAUUAAUCAUUUACAUGUUAAGUAAGCUUUUACUUCUGAUGCUUCAUUCUUUAAUAAUCCACUAAGUUUUGCAUGGCUAGUAGUAAUACUACUAGAAGCUGUCAUCUAAUCUCUCUCUAUACCACUUCUUUCACCAUCUUCUUCCUUCUUUUAUUCACUGUGCACUCAUCCAUGGCUGCCCGAGAUGUACAAGCUUUGUUGCACAACAGCACAACAAGAUUCGGAGAAGGCGAUGCGAAGUUAAUUUCAAAGGACAAACGUAAUAUUCCUCAUGAAGUAAGGUUUAGAAGAGGUCACAGAUCUCCAUUGCCAUGGCAAGAAAAAAUGUUGAAUGCAAGUGCACAUGAAGUUCCCAGUGGUCCGAAUCCCAUUUCGAAUAGGUAAAAACAUAAAUAAAAUGAACCAUUUCAGUUCCCUAAUCAUGCAUAUUUUUGGUUUGUGUUCUUGUUUUUAUUUUAUUUUAGGGCAGAGGGAUAGAAAUAUAUGUAUACGGUAAUUAUAGCAAUUUUGUAAUGAGAUCACUACAGUUUAUUCUUAUUAUUAUUGUGUUUCCCAAA